ACCUCAAGUAAAGGUCCAGUCAAAAAACUAGGGCAUAGUCUAGGAGUCCAGAAAAUCAAUGGUCUGGAUCUACCAAGAGGAUUCUAUGGGCAGAAGCUGAGGUUAAGACCUUCAGGGGUUCACGGCGGAGGAGACCACAGCUUACGUCGCAAGGCCCGGCUGAUGCAGAGUGCUGAUCACUAGCUGGGAUGGAUGGACUUCCAAUCCAGCCAUCUAGAAGGAGAGGCCUCAGCCGGACCACUCCUGUCCACUUGAAGUGGACACACCUGGCACUGACCCUUUUCUUCUUGAUCUCCAUCACAAUGACCGGCUGCUUCAUCUGGCAGUAUAAACUCCCCAAACAAGAGUCGGCUCCAGUGGCGGAGACGACCAUUCCAGACUUGGUGCAAAUGUGCCCACGAUUCCCAGAUCCGGUGCCUUUAGACCACCCGGUACCAGUUCUGAAGGAAGCUCUGGAGAAGGUGGACAAGUUCCUCAGGAGUAAGAUCCGCACGCCUGGACUCCCUGCCAUGUCCUCCAUAGUGACGUAUAAUGACACGGUACUGUGGACUGGGAACUUUGGUAAGAAGAAUGGAUCUAACCCUUCCUCAACUGUUCCCAAUGAGUACACCAUAUAUCGGAUUGCCAGCAUCUCCAAGCUGUUCCCUUCCCUCAUGUUGUACAAGUUAUGGGAAGAAGGAGAAUUGAACUCGCUGGACGACCCCCUGGAGCGAUACGUAACCAACUUCUCCAUCAAGAACCCCCUGGGCAGAGGGCGCCACAUGGAACAUAAAUACAUGGCAGAUGGAUUGGCUUUUAUAGAGAAAGGGGCACAGCCUGCAAAAGCUACAGCAGUGACAUUGCGCAGGAUGGCGAGCCAGCUAUCAGGUCUCCCACGGCGGCUGCGGUCUACAAAUCUUCUCUGGAAAGGAACCACCCAAGAGGCCAUUGAGCUUCUCCGUGAUGACGUAUUAGUGGCUGAUCCUGGUACCCGGUGUCAUUAUAGUAACCUGGCGUUUUCCUUGCUUGCCCAUGUUUUGGCUGAACACACUUCUGAAGGUGAAUACCAGCCACAGAUGUAUGCUGGUCUGGGACGCUCCAGUAAUUUAUGA